CGCCGGGGCGGGGACGGGGCAGGGGCGUGGCCUCGCGUGCGCCAAUGGAACCGAGGGGGCGGGAUGGUCGCAAUUUGGCGCCAAGCUCAGUUCAAAGUCCCUGUGUGGCUAGCAAGCUCCGAGGCUUUUGGUGCCGCCGUCAUGGUUCAUACUCUCAACUGCAUCGCCGCUGUGUCCCAGAACAUGGGCAUCGGCAAGAACGGAGACCUGCCUUGGCCCCCGCUCAGGAAUGAAUUCAAGUAUUUCCAAAGAAUGACCACAACCUCUAAAGCAAAAGGUAAACAGAAUUUGGUGAUUAUGGGUAGGAAGACCUGGUUCUCCAUUCCCAAGAAGAAUCGGCCUUUAAAGGACAGGAUUAAUUUAGUUCUCAGUAGAGAACUCAAGGAACCUCCAAAAGGAGCUCAUUUUCUUGCCAAAAGUCUGGAUGAUGCCUUAAAACUUAUUGAGGAACCAGAAUUAAAAAAUAAAGUGGAUAUGGUUUGGAUAGUAGGAGGCAGUUCCGUUUAUAAGGAAGCCAUGAGCAAGCCCGGCCAUCAACGACUUUUUGUGACAAGGAUCAUGCAGGAAUUUGAAAGUGAUACAUUUUUCCCAGAAAUUGAUUUGGAGAAAUAUAAACUUCUCCCAGAGUACCCAGGUGUUCUUUCUGAUGUCCAGGAGGAAAAAGGCAUUAAGUACAAAUUUGAAGUAUAUGAAAAGAAUGAGUAAUGUGAAGGUGUUGUCUGAUUCAUUUCAAGUUGUUCCCCAUCCCCUCCAAACAAUUAUGUAUUUAACAUUAGAGAAAGAUAUUUCUGUUACUUAGAUCUGUGGAUAAUUAUUUCUAAGCAAUGUAUUUCUAUUAAUUAGUUUUAAUCUCAACCACAACAUUUGUGAAACAUCUGUUGUUGUAACUGUCUGAAUCCUUAAGAAAUUCUGAGGAUUAGGUCCCUAGCACCUGCCUACAGUCAUAUAUGCCAAGAAACCACAGUGGGAGAAUCCCCUGGUAGCAUUAGUUACCUAUAAAGAAAGGAGCUGGCCAAAUUUGUCCAAAUGUCAGAAAUGGAUUGUAAACAGAAGAAUUAGAACUUAGAUACUAAAAAAGAAGUAGAUCAAUCAAAACAGGGACCAGAAUUACUCUAUGCAUAUCACACUUCUGAAAAAAGUUCUGUUCACUCAGAAUCACUAAGUUGAGAACUACAGUAUAUCCCAUAGGGAUAGUAAGAAGCAGGUAGGAGACUACUUUUUUGAUGAUUAAAAGAAAAGGCCUGAGACCUUUAAAAA